AUGCCAAUUAAAAUUGGAAUUAUGGGUGGAUCUGGUCUAGAGGAUCCGCAAAUUUUGCACAAUGCAAAAGAAGUGGAAGUUAAUACGCCAUAUGGCAAACCUAGCGAUAAAUACAUCGUAGGGGUCAUUGGUGAUGUCGAAUGCAUCUUGCUUGCUCGUCACGGUCGCAAGCACAACAUCAUGCCAUCAGACGUCAACUUCAGAGCCAACUUGUGGGGAAUGCACUCCUUAGGAGCAUCUGUGAUCAUUGCGUCUAUUGCUUGCGGGUCACUUCAAGAACACGUGAAACCUGGCGAACUCGUGUUUCCUGAUUCAGUUUUUGAUCGCACUCUCUUCGAUGGCACCAAUCCUGAGGCCCCUGGCGUGUGUCAUAUACAAAUGCAUCCUGCAUACAAUGAAAAACUGAGACAGGUUCUUAUAAAGACGGCUACUGAUCUCAAACUCAAAUUCCAUGAUGGUGGUUUCGGUAUUUGCAUAGAAGGGCCCAGAUAUUCAUCAAAAGCCGAAAGUCGUAUUUUCCGCUCAUGGGGGGCAAGUCUCAUUAACAUGACUAUGAUGCCUGAGUGUGUACUCGCCAAAGAACUCGGCAUUCCUUACGCCACAACUGCCCUGGUCACUGACUAUGACUGCUGGAGAGAUGAUGAGCAGGUAUCCAUGGAAUUGGUUAUGAAAACAUUCAAGGAGAACUCUCAUAAAGCGAAAAGUCUAUUUGUUGAAGCAGUGAAACGAAUCGCCAAGGAGGAUUGGAAAGCUGAAAUCGCUCGGAUGAAGAAAGCUGCAAGAGAUGCUGUUAUGGUGGGACCCGAAGUCACUAUUCCUCACCUUGUUGUUACAUGA